GUGACGAGGCGAUAGAGUUAAAAAGACGAUUCAAUAAUGGUCGAUGCAGACGAAAGAUGACAUACUUGCCGUGCUCUUCCGGCGUCUUACGGCGGACUUGCCUACUACCGAUGGCCCUACAACUGAUUUUAACUGUCAUCUUCGUCGUCGUUUCUGCAACCGUCGCCGCCGAUUACGUUCGUCCGCUGCCUCGCAAAGCUCUUCAGUUCCCAUGGGAUUCAAAGCCCGCCUCCUACCCUCAGCAGGUGCACAUUUCAUUGGCAGGAGACAAGCACAUGAGAGUUAGCUGGAUAACUGAUGAUGAUUCAUCACCUUCAGUGGUAGAAUAUGGAACAAUACCUGGGAGAUAUGACAAUUUAGCUGAAGGAGAGAGCAAUUCUUAUCGUUAUCUUUUUUAUAGCUCAGGAAAGAUACACCACACUGUUAUUGGGCCCUUGGAGGAUAAUACAGUGUACUUUUAUCGGUGUGGUGGACAAGGUCCUGAGUUCCAGUUUAAAACGCCUCCAGCUCAGUUACCAAUUACUUUUGCUGUAGCUGGGGAUCUGGGCCAAACUGGUUGGACUAAAUCAACAUUAGAUCACAUUGGUCAAUGCAAGUAUGAUGUCCACCUGCUUCCAGGAGACCUUUCAUAUGCUGAUUAUAUGCAACAUCUAUGGGACAAGUUUGGCAAGCUCGUAGAGCCUCUUGCCAGCGCAAGACCAUGGAUGGUGACACAAGGGAACCAUGAAAAGGAGAGCAUACCAUUGCUAAAGGAUGGGUUUGAAUCAUAUAAUGCCAGAUGGAAGAUGCCAUUUGAGGAAAGCGGGUCAAGUUCAAAUCUCUAUUAUUCUUUUGAAGUGGCCAGUGCCCAUAUUGUCAUGCUUGGCUCCUAUGCAGAUUAUGACAAGUACUCGGAACAAUAUAGAUGGCUGAAGAUGGAUCUAUCAAAGGUUGACAGGAAAAGGACGCCUUGGCUGAUCGUGUUAUUUCAUGUGCCAUGGUAUAACAGUAAUACAGCCCAUAGGGGUGAAGGGAAUGAUAUGAUGGCAGUUAUGGAGCCAUUACUUUAUGCUGCUAAUGUUGAUUUAGUUCUUGCUGGUCAUGUACAUGCUUAUGAACGCUCGAAACGUGUCAAUAAUGGAAGAUCAGACCCAUGUGGUGCUGUUCAUAUAACUAUUGGUGAUGGAGGAAACAGAGAAGGUUUAGCGUCUAAGUAUAUCAACCCGCAACCAGAGUGGUCGGAGUUCCGGGAAGCCAGUUUUGGUCAUGGUGAGCUUAAGAUAGUAAAUUCCACUCAUGCCUUCUGGAGUUGGCACAGGAAUGAUUAUGAUGAGCCAGUAAAAUCUGAUGAAACCUGGAUGACCUCUUUGGUUAGCUCAGGAUGUGUCGAACAAAAGAGUCAUGAGCUCAGAAAUAUACUUAUGACCCCUUAAAAUCAAACGCCUGCGUUCGGCAUCCCUCAACUAAAGAGAUAGAUGAUGAAACAAAAAUGUAUACCUUCUUGCCACUAGCUAUAGCUCCUGGAAUGUGUUAGGUUUCUGUUCUUCAGUUUAGUAAGUUAAGGGAUCACAGUACUUUGCUGCAUGGUCAUGCUUGUAUUUACUCGAGGCCUGGUUAGUAGUCUCAUGUAAUUAAUGGUUUUGUUUGCAUUCGCCCAACAUUAAGAAUUGGUCUCUGUUUAAGCAAACACUUGUUGCUUCUGUAGUCGCAAAUGUUCGUGUGUA